CUCGACACCAACCGCGAGAUCAGGUCCUUCGCCGAGGCAUCGUUGAAGCAAGCUUCGCUUCAACCAGGAUUCGGGGCUGCUCUUACCAUGACCACUGUCAACAAGGAGAACCCAUUUGGGCUACGGCAGAUAUCCUUUCUCGGAAAUAUACAGUCCGCUAUUUGAGUAAACUGAUCCGAUAGGCGCUAACAAAUUCAUAAAAGUGUUUUCUUGUCUGUGUGCAUUCAUGCAGGCAGGUGGUUCAGGCAUUCGUGUGAGCUUGCAUGCAUGAGUCUGUGGGGAGGUGUGCGUAUGCACAUGAGUGCAUGUGCGUGCACGCUGAUGUCUGUAUGUGCAUUACCUGGCAGCUGUCUUGUUAAAGCAGUUCAUAAAGGAGCAUUGGCAGGAGGAUGAGGAGAAUUUUGUUCACCCUGUUGUUUCUCCUCCAGAAAAGAAUGCUAGUACUAUCUCCGCCAUGCUUGCAAAAAGGCUCUUUUCGAACUGAAGUAGUACAUAUUAUCAGGUUGUCAUACGCCAACUUCUGCUUCCAUCAUUGAACGACCCUCACCGCAAAAUCCGAACAGCUAUUGGCAUGGGAAUAGCAUCCAUUGCACAAUAUGAUUGGCCAGAGGGCUGGCCAGAAUUAUUACCCUUUCUCUUGAAUCUUAUUAGUGACAGGGGCAACAGAGAUGGAGUUCAUGGAGCCUUAAGAUGUCUGGCGCUUCUCUCUUCUGAUCUGGAUGACACGGUGGUUCCAAAAUUAGUUCCCAGUCUGUUCCCACACUUGCACACAAUUAUAUCAUCUCCUCACCUGUAUGAAAAUUCUCUGCGCGCAAAGGCACUUUCAAUAGUUCAUUCUUGUAUCUCUGUGUUGGGUUCAAUGAGUGGUGUUUAUAAGGCAGAAACUAGCAGUUUGAUGAUGCCUAUGUUCAGUUCAUUAAUGGAGCAAUUUUCUGUAAUCUUACAAUCUCCAGUGCAAUCGGAAGAACCAGAUGACUGGAGCAUUAGAAUGGAGGUGCUCAAAUGUUUACUCCAGUCUGUCCAAAACAUCCCAAGCCUGCCUGUAACGCAAUUUUCUGUCAUUCUUCCACCUUUGUGGCAGACUUUUGUUUCUUCCCUCAAAGUCUAUCAAAAAGCAUGCAUCGAAGGUGGCGAAGAUUCUCAUGCCGUGAGAUAUGAUUCUGAUGGUGGUGAAAAAAGUCUUGAGUCCUUUGUCAUUCAGUUAUUGGAGUUUUUGAUAACCAUGGUGGGGAAUGCUAGGUUGGCCGAGCUCGUCGGAGGGAACAUCAAGGAGCUAGUCUAUUACACAAUAGCUUUCCAGCAGAUGACUGAGGAACAAGUCCGCACCUGGUCGCUUGAUGCUAAUCAGUAUGUUGCUGAUGAGGAUGACGUUACUUACAGUUGUCGUGUAUCUGGAUGUCUACUUCUGGAAGAGAUAAUUAAUGCCUAUGGUGAAGAGGGAAUUGAUGCUAUAAUUGUUGCUUCUCAAAAUCGUUUUCAUGAGUCGCGUGAAGCAAAAGUUGCUGGUUCUGCAGAUUGGUGGAAACUCCGUGAAGCGACUCUUUUUGCUUUUGCUUCUAUUUCGGAACAGUUGCUUGAAGCAAAGGCUUCAGGAGUGAUUUAUUGUGAUUUGGGAAACUUGAUUGAGCAGAUGAUUACCGAAGAUAUGGGAACAGGGGUACAUGAAUGUCCAUUUCUUCACGCACGUGUAUUUUUCAUAGUGUCCAAGUUCAGGUCACUGAUUAAUCAGAGAACUAGUGAACAAUUCCUAUACGGUGCUGUCCAAGCAAUAGCUUCAGAUGUACCACCACCAGUUAAAGUUGGUGCUUGUAAAGCACUAUCCCAACUAUUGCCUGAAUCUAAGCAAGAUGUUAUUCAGCCUCAUAUCAUGGGUUUACUUUUGUCUCUUGUGGAUCUUCUAAGGCAGGCAUCUGAUGAAACACUACAUCUUGUACUAGAAACCCUUCAAGCUGCUGUCAAGGCUGGUCAUAGUCAGUCAACAUCCAUUGAGCCAAUCAUCUCUCCUAUCAUACUUAAUGUUUGGGCCCAACAUGUUUCGGAUCCAUUUAUCAGUAUUGACGCUGUGGAAGUCCUAGAGGCUAUUAAGAAUGCUCCAGGGUGUAUACGGCCAUUGGUGUCUCGGAUUUUACCUACUAUUGGAUCCAUACUGGAAAAGCCCAAGUUGCAGCCGAUUGGGUUGGUUGCUGGCUCAUUGGACCUUUUGACUAUGAUACUAAAAAAUGCCCCAGCUGAUGUAGUGAAGGCCGUAUUUGAGACAUGCUUUAAUACCACCAUCCAAAUUAUCCUUGAAAGUGAUGAUCAUGGAGAGAUGCAGAAUGCAACUGAAUGUUUGGCUGCAAUUUUAUCUGGGGGAAGACAAGAGUUACUUUCAUGGGAAGGUGACCCAGGACAUACUAUGAAAAAGCUACUUGAUGUGGCUUCUCGGCUUCUAGAUCCCAAUCUGGAAAGUUCCGGGUCACUUUUUGUUGGAAGUUAUAUACUGCAACUGAUUUUACAUUAUCCGUCAGAAAUGUCUCCGCACACACGGGAGCUUAUUGCUGCUAUUGUAAGACGUAUGCAAUCUUGUGAAAUAGCCGGGUUGAAAAGCUCCCUGGUUGUUAUCCUUGCUAGACUCGUACAUUUGAGUGCUGCAGAUGUCAACCAGUUCAUUAAUCUAAUGCUUAAUAUUCCUGCAAAUGGUUAUGGCAAUUCCCUCACGUAUGUGAUGUCGGAAUGGACUAAACUACAGGGUGAAGUACAGGGUGCAUACCAGAUAAAAGUUACAACCACUGCAUUGGCACUUCUGCUGUCCACUCGUAAUGAGGAGCUAGCGAAAAUUAGUGUUCAGGGCCAUCUAAUUAAGUCCGAUGCAGGUAUAAAAACUCGUUCAAAAGCUAAAUUUGCACCUGAUCAGUGGACAUUGAUUCCAUUACCAGCAAAGAUCUUUAGCUUGUUAGCAGAUACAUUAGCUGAGAUUCAAGAACAAGUCUUGGAUGAAGAUGACGACAAUGAGGAUAGCGACUGGGAAGAAGUUUCCAACAGCGAUGGUGGUCUUCCCCAGGAUAUUAUAUACUCAUCGACAGUACCAUCGAAUGUUGGCCCUUCAGUUGAACACCUUGAUGCCAUGGCAAAAGUGUUUGAUGAGGGUGAGGAUGAUAGUUAUGAUGAUGAUCUUACAAAAAUUGAUCCGCUUAACGAGAUCAAGCUAGUGGAUUUUCUAACAGCCUUCUUUUCAAACUUGUCGAACAACGACCGAUCACUUUUUGAUCACCUUUGUCAGAGUCUCUCAGUCUCUCAGAGUGCUGCUGUGGAAAAGGUUUUACGGAAAUGAAAGAAUUGUUCUUGCUUGCGGGAACGAAGAGGUGGUUAAAUAUUUUCCGAGUGUUAUUUUAUUUGUUGAUUGCUCAAGAAGGUGUUUAUUUUUCCGGUGCUUAAAGAAGCCCUCUUUACCGUGUUUAUCUUCGUUGAGUUGCGUAGCCGUCGAAGAAGUUAUUCCGCAUUACAGAUGAAGCCUUGCGAUGCCAUGAGGAUGCAAUGAGGAUAAACAUGUGCAAUAUAGUGUGUUUUUGCGUCCUUAAAACUCUGAGGUGUAGUCCUGGCGUCCCAAUAGUGAACAAAAAAUUAUUGCAGGUUGUUUGAUAAGCAAGUUCUCAUCAUAUUCACAUUUGUUCUUUAUUACGCGCAUUUCAGUUGUCGGCGGCUUAGCUUAAAAUGGCAGUACUAAAUUCAUUUGUGGGUGGAGGUGCUGAUCAAAUUGUAUCAGGUGUACAUUCGCAAGAACAAGAACUAUUUGUGUAGUGUUUGAUGAUUUUAGGGCUGUAAUGUAUUCGAUGAGCAAACCUACAUGAGUGUCAUCUUCUUUCACAGUUUUGAGUGAAAUCAGGUUUAAUUUUGGCCCUCACUA